CCUCCCAGGGAUUGGAGGGUCGCGACUUGAUCGAGCUCACGAUUUCCCAACGUUUUUCACAGCCACGCCACCAUACUACGGGAGGGAAAAACAAAAUUAAGGCAAGAUGAACGUUUCUGAACUCAAUUUGUAUGAUAUUCUUGGGAUUCUGCAAGAUGCUGAUCAAGAUAACAUUAAGAAAGCCUACAGGAAGAAGGCAUUGAAAUGUCAUCCAGAUAAAAACCCAGACAAUCCUAGUGCAGCUGCUGAAUGGGAACAGCUUGCCAAGGCAUUGGAAGUACUGUGUGAUGACGAUGCUAGAGCUGCAUAUGAUAAGAUUCUGAAGGCCAAGAAGGCAGCAGAAUUGAGGAACAAAGCCCUUGAGGGUAAAAGAAGAAAAAUUAAAGAAGAACUUGAAUCUAGAGAAGCAUCAUACAAAAAAGAACAAGAAACUUCAACAAAGGAUAUAAUAUCACUGGAGGAAAAGAUCAAUCGAUUGAGAGAAGAGGGAUCACGGACGUUGAAGAGAGAACAAGAGCUUCUGAAGAAUGAACUCCAUUCUAGUGUUCCUGCAGAUGAAGAUGUAUCCCCUAAAUUGAAGAUCAAAUGGAAAGCCCAGAAAGGAGAUCAUUCAAAUGGAGGAUACAAUUAUCUUGGCUUAAAACAGAUUUUCGGGAAGUAUGGACAGGUUAAGAAUCUGAUAUUGUCAAGCAAACGAAAUGGAAGUGCUAUCAUUGAGUUCUCAUCUGUUGCUGCAGCUAACAUGGCUGUAUCCAAUGAAUUCGGUCUACCUCACAACCCAUUGCAGCUGACUUGGCUCUCUGGAAAGCCAGAGAAAAAGAUUCAGGAAGAAUUGAAAAUGGCAAAUGCUGAUACCCAUGUUGAGGAGCAAUUUGAGGAGGAUGUCCUUCAACUACUUCUACAAGCAGAAGCCAUGAAACAAAGACAACAGCAACCAACUACUCAACAACCGACUACUCAACAAUCCAAUGAAAAAACAGAGCAAAUAAGUGAACAUUCAGAGGUGAAGGAAGAGAAUUCUCCUGAACAAUGUCCACAAUCACACUUAGAUGUGAAAGAUGGAGAGGAUGGAUGAAUGCUUUACAUCAGAUAAAAAGACAGUUAAAUAGAGCUUUGAUUGCCUAUGUAGGAAAGAUAGCUCUUGAGAUGAUGUGUAUGGCAGUGUUUGAUUUACAUGUCAAAGAGAGAACAAGUCAGCUGUGCUUCCUAAAUGUGGUCAUUAUGUGAAAGAUAUUUUGGCUUAUAUUUGGUCAUGGUGCAUUUACAUUAUGUGAGAUGAUCCCUCCAAUAGAACAUUUUCAGAUAACAGUAUUGAAGGGGAAGCCCAUCCUCAUAUUAAUCAGUCAAUUGUACUAAAAGCAGAAAAAACAGCGGUGUAGUUAGAGAAAUGUCUUAUUACUGUGAUACAUACCAAACUAGAUGGAACUUCGACUGCGCGCAGUUGAAAGUGAUGCCUCCGUCAUAGAGCAAUUUUACAAACCAAAACAGAAGAAAUAUUUCAAAUUCA